GGUGUCAGGUUGGAGGUUUUAAAGUUGAUGAAACGUCGAUUUCGCUGCACUUUGGAUGCAGCCUGAACUGCUGUGCUCGUCCAGCACCACUGAUCCAGAAUCUGGUUUCCAGCAUCUGCAGUCAAUUUUUUCCCCCGGUUUUAAUGUUAAAUCAGGCAGUUGGCUCCGCCUACAGUCUAUGGGCAUUGAGUGAGUCUGAAGGAAGCUUUCCUAUGUGUGAUUAUCACUUCUCCUCGUGUUCCCUAUCUUUGUGAGCUGUUUCCUUGUCGUAUGCCACGAACGAUUCAUUUACUAGUUAUGAACAUGCAAGAUCGGUCCAGGACAUAUUCCUCAUGACGAUUCCUCUCCCUGAUAGAGGUUGACGAGAUAUCUUUCCGAGCACGUCAGAGGGAUGGAAAAGUCACAUCCUCAGGCACGUUGUUUCAAAAUGGAGAUUAACAGGAGAUUAUUCUUCACUGCACCAAGGAUGCUGACAAUGUGGUUGCUUUGUUCGCUUUCAAAGGACCGAGUGGGUCUCGCACAGGCUGAUGGGAAUCCAACGUCUUCACACUUACUGAAUGGAAGCCUAGGACAAUCAUUAGCUUUAUCAGUACAUAUUCCAUGGCCAGACCCAGUGAUACUUACUUGGGACUUCAAAAGUUCAUCCACUGGGAGAAAAAUUCAAAUCUGUACCAAAGCCCGAAACAAUCCAGCAGAAUGUAACAAUGACUUUAGAGAGAGGUUCCAAUUAAAUCUCACCGACUACAGUCUGGAAAUACAGACUCUGAUGAAAAGUGACCAAGGAUGGUAUGAAGUUAAUGCAAGAUCAGGACAGGAACUCCAUGUAGAACUGAUGGAAUUGCGGGUUUAUGAGCCUGUAUCAAAGCCAUUGAUACAGGUCACCAGUGCGACUCAUGGUGGGAUCUGUCAUAUUAAUCUGAGCUGUUCAGUGAAAAGAGGCAGCAAUGUGACCUACAGUUGGUGGACAGGAGGAGAAGAGGUUACAGGUGAUGAAUUCCACAAUGUGACCGACGAAGGCAGAAGGUUGAAAAUGUUUGCUUCCUCAAACUCUACCAGUAAAGCUUAUAACUGCACAGUGAGGAAUCCAGUUAGUGAGGAUACGGACAUGAUCAUACUCGAAUCACACUGUGAGCAAGGCAAGAAGCAAGAAGAAAACAAAAAACAACUCCACACUGGCCUAAUCAUUGCUGCCAUUACCAUAUUCACCUGUGGCCUGCUUAUAAUGUUCUGUGUGCGGAAGAAGAAGAAACAUUUCAAACUCAGUGAAGGCAGGACUUGAAUAACUCCUUCAGAUUUCUCCCGCUACAAUGCCAACAUUGAGACAAGAAAAAAAUUGUUUUCCAAUAUAUUGCAGCUUCUCUCCUAUUCAUUUGGUGCUGGCCUGCAAUUCUGAUGCUUUGUCUAAGUUUGUCUUCAAAAUACUCUAUUAACUCUUUUUCGCUAAUGUUGCAUACCACUGUGUUUGUGAAACUUGUUUGUAUUAACUGCCAAUCAUAGAAAACUCUAGCUCUGUGUUUGUGUCUUCUUUGGAACUAACGGAGAUGCAAUGUGUGAAGAGGCCAAUCAAUAUUCCUCCCAGAAAAUCAAUGACUUCAGCAUGCUCUUCCUCCCAAUCUGGGGCAGCGAAGUAUCAUUAUUUGAGCUAUUAGGGGACUAGUUAGCUCAGCUGGCUAGCUGACUGGUUGACCUCUAAUGUAGACUGAUGUCAUACGAAGCUGAGGUCACCCUGAAAGCCCUACAUUUUCAAGCCUCAUCUGAGGCAAUGAUGACCCUCAAUUUAAAUUCACUACCAGUCUUCUCUUUGUAAUUAGAGUUCAGACUAUGGCCCUUUGGGAUUAUGGAAAUGUUUGCCUUUCGCUAGAACUAUCAUUUCAAAAAUCUAUUCAUUCUGUCCAAGUGUUACUUUAUUUUAAUUAAUGGAAGACUUUAAAAUUUCUCAAAAAAGUUUUUUGUUUACAUGAGGCAACUUUGGACCCUCUUUUUAACAACAGCCAAACAUACAGAUGCAUUUCACUAAACAAAUAUAACUGGACACUAUUCACCUGACGACAGCGAAUAAGUGGGUCUACAUGCUAGUAUUACUUGGGAUCUUGAGGUGGCAUAUCAACAUUUGCAUUGUAUUUUCACUGACAACACAAGCACAUUAGGCUAAGAUUAUACAUUGGUUUUGUUGCUAAAAAAAAUACU